UUUUCAAAACCAUAUGUUAGUUGUUAAUGAAAUGUAGUUGAAUCAACGUUCAAAAUUUUCUCUUGAAUGGGUGUACAAAAUUUUCAGUUACAUGUCUCUUUUCCAAUUAUUUUUCAUAAUUCAUUUUAGCACUUGAUAAACAAAACAAAUUGAUCGUAUGCAACAACAAAUUGAGCCAAGAUGCCUAACAAGGUCGAAUCUUUUUCGGUUGAGACCGAUUUGGACGAAAUGUGUGUUUGCAUCUCUAGGAGAGCAGACCCUAAUCGUCCCAAGGCAGAUGGUCCAAUAAGUAUGAAUUUGGUUGUUAAUGAUUCAUGCAGGAAAGGCGGUGAAGAGCCAGACGCAUGGGCUGGAACGAGAGGAGCAGGAGUAUCAGCCAUGGCAAGCCAUUACUAUAAUUAUGAUGAUGAAGACGAAGAUGAAGAUUUGCCAGUAUUCAAUAGCUUGACCGAAAAAUAUCUGAACACGAGCAGAGAUUUCGAGUAUGGAAUACACUAUGAUCAGCAAACAGGGAAUUACAAAGUUGGAAACAUGUCGGUAGGGUUUGAAGGCAGUGAUAUUCUCGUAAACUACCCAAGAGGAACCAUGAGGUACACGGGAACAGAUGGUCUAUGGAGACUUUUGACACAAGAUACAAUCUACCAUGGUGACUUGCAGUAUUUCACAAACUUUGAUUGGAUUAUUUAUAUGGAAAUUCUGUUGAGGGCAAACCAACAACCAAAGCCUACAGAGGUGUCACAAUAUGCAUUUGAUGAAGAAAAUGAACUGGCCAAAGAUGUACUGGCGUGUAUUGGCUGUGCAGUUACCAAUUAUAUGAAGGAGAAGUUGGCGACAGCACUGUACGAUGCUCUAAUCUGGUUUGGACAAAAAGUGGACGAAUAUUUUGGGGAAUCAGGAGAGAAGGUGAAAGAGGCAGCUGAGCUCAUAUAUGGGCAAAUCGGUUACCUCGGUGGACGAAUUUAUGAUAAACUACAGGAAUAUUGGCAAUGUAAUACAAGAUGGCAAUGUGGAGGUAAACCUGGAGGAACACCUGGAGGCCCCCCUGGUGGACCACCCGGAGGCCCACCUGGAGGACCACCUGGAGGCCCCCCUGGUGGACCACCCGGAGGCCCACCUGGAGGCCCCCCUGGUGGACCACCCGGAGGCCCACCCGGAGGACCCCCAGGUGGCCCACCCGGAGGACCCCCAGGUGGCCCACCUGGAGGCCCACCUGGUGGACCACCCGGAGGACCACCUGGAGGCCCACCUGGAGGCCCACCUUGUACUGGAAGAGAUCCAAAAGAUCCAUAUUGUGGACAAGAGCCUGGAGGACCUCCCGGAGGCCCACCGGGGGGACCACCAGGAGGCCCACCUGGAGGACCACCAGGAGGACCACCCGGAGGACCCCCAGUAGGCCCACCGGGGGGACCACCUGGAGGCCCUCCGGGGGGACCACCUGGAGUCCCACCGGGGGGACCACCAGGAGGCCCACCGGGGGGACCACCAGGAGGCCCACCGGGGGGACCACCAGGAGGCCCACCGGGAGGACCACCAGGAGGCCCACCGGGAGGACCACCAGGAGGCCCACCGGGAGGACCACCGGGAGGACCUCCUGGAGGACAAGGACCACCUGGAGGACAAGGCCCACCAGGAGGACAAGGCCCACCAGGAGGACAAGGCCCACCAGGAGGACAAGGCCCACCAGGAGGACAAGGCCCACCAGGAGGACAAGGCCCACCAGGAGGACAAGGCCCACCCGGAGGACCAUCUGGAGGUACUGAUGGUAUAGAGCCUGGUGAAGGGUCUGGUGACAAGGAUCUUUUCGGUAGGUUGGGCUGUGUGGCUUGUGCUUAUAUCAAAGAUCUGGACGAACUUUUACGUCGACUUGUCAGUCUACAGAAACUGAAAUUGUCAGAGAAGAUGUACUGCGGCUUCACACAGAGCUGCCUGCUGUUCUGGAUCAUGCAACGCAUUGUGGCCGCCCUGGGCCAGAAGGGUGGAGGCGAGCUACUCGUCGACUGGGCGGUCAUCAACAAGGCACUGAUUGCCGAAACCAAUCUACUCAAGAAACUAAGCACCAGCCUGCCUUUUGGAUUCCAUCACAUGGGCAACCCUCUUUGUAGCCCAACACCCCCUGAGAAGGGCAAGCGGAAAAAGGGCACACGACAUGACACAGCUUGUGUGGUCCACGAUGAAAAGUAUUUCACGUUCCAGCAGCCAAAUGCGGAACUGGUGCAAGACAUUCGCGUUGGCAUGAAGAUGCUAGAGUCAUUGUUCAAUGAGGAUCCCAAAUUCUUUGAAAAAUUAGAGAAUCUUCCUGUCUGUUCAACUACGGACCUCAACACAGCCUUUGACCGAGGGCAUCAAUAUCUAAGGAGUUAUUACAGUUGAUCUAAACACAGCUUUUGAUAGAGUGCUUAUUUAUAAGGAGUAAUUUGUUACAUUUGAUAAAGUACUCGAUUUCAAUUUUAUAAUUCAACAGAACUCUUUGAAAAUGAAUAGGUAUUUUAUUUCUUAAAUAACAAUUAAAACGUUUUGGCAAAAAUUAUAUAGUUUCAUCAGUCUAUUCAUUUUACUAGUGAUUUUUCUUUUUCUGUAGUUGAUAAGUUACUCCAAUCCUAAGACAACAUAAUGAUCACUAGAAUGACUAUGAACAGUGCAAAGUAUAUUAUG